AUGGCGAACCCGGCGCAAACGGCGUUGCCGGAGUUGGAACGGACUUCGCGAGAGGAGGAGCCGCAUCCCUCGUCGCGGGGGAGGAGGCGCGGCCCAUCGCCCUACUUCCAUGAACAGCAGCAGCUGCAAAACAGGCUGCGCUGCGACUACGUCCUUUUGUGGUACGAGCGGGACCCAAAAUCGCCUCCCGGCCAGUGCCCAAAUUUUUUGGUUGUUGGGGACCCCAUCCCCGUCUCUCUCUCCCACCAUGUGUUUAUGCAGAUGGCGUUCGGCGUGCUGAAGGAUCGUUUGUUGCGUGCGCCGACGCGGGCUAAGUCUGUAAAAGGGAGGGAGGACGCGGAAAAGGGCGAAAAGGUUGUUGCAUCCUCCCCCGGAGAGGCAGAGGCACAGGCGUCAGUGACACACGAUGCGGUGGCUUCCAAUAGCAAAAAGGUUCCGACGAUGCGGGAGCAAGAUGUCGUGGCUUUAUUCUGCUUCUUGUGGAAGUACGUUUCCGACAUGCUCCAGUCGCAGGCGGAGGCCCUUCAUGCGUUUCAGAGACGCAAUAAGAAUGCCCCACCACCACGACCAACCGUUCGCAUGACAAAACAGCAGCUGCGUCUACAGAUGGUCCUGGAAUACAACGUGGAUGUUCGUCAUUUCCUCGGUGAUGGCCUUUCAACGUCAGCUGCGGUGAGUGCGGCGUACUGCAAAAAACUCUUGACGGGAAAAGUGAGGGAGGAUGAAUUUUUAAACCAGCUUGCCAAGCCUGCAGGAAUGGCGCAGACUUGCUCUACAAUGUGA